AUGGCUUUCCAUCGACACAAGUCAUCAUUAGAAGGGUUCCUGGAUUUUUCAGAGCCCUUUUCCUUAACUUCGCAACAAAAUAAGGCAGCAAGUGGCAUUCUCAAUAAGCUGAUUGAGGAUUAUGGCGUAGAAAAACCGGGACGGAGGGGUUACAUGCCCGCGAUGCUAAUCAACGCAACAUUCGAACAUGUGCAUGCGCAAUCCAAGGAUGCCUUCCUGAACUUCUUCAUUUUGUAUAUUCACGAACAUCUGGAUGGGAAUACUGUCGAGCCUGAUAUAUCUCUUGCGUUAGCUUAUCUCGAUGGGUUCUCCUCGUUUGAUACAGACAAGAAAAAUGAAGUUCGGAGCGCUGUCGAGCUUUUUGCCAACUACGUGGUUGAUAAUUUUUUUACUCCACUCAGGGCUUCGUCGGUGAAGACACCUCAGCCGACACCCAUUUCACUCUCCUCAAUGCAGGCGUCCACACCAACAGGUAUAACGCAGCGCGUGUCUAUCCUCCGACAGAGUUGUCUUAUCCGCGACCAUCAUCGUUGUGUCGUCACCCAUCGGUUUGAUAGGAAAGAAGCCCAGCGGCGAAUAAAGCAAGAUGGGAUUGAGAGCAAAGAUGAUGACGGAGAACUUCUUCGAAACGAACCUGAUGACUUCGAGUAUCUAGAAGUUGCUCACAUACUUCCUCAUUCGCUAAACUCUAUGGCGUCAGGAAAUACAGAAUUGAGUGACUCGAAGAAGAACGUAAUCCAAAUCUUGUCUAUGUUCGAACCCGGAAUCACUCACCUUAUUGAGGGCCAAGAUAUUGACAGUCCAAAAAAUGCCCUGACGUUAACCCAUCACUAUCAUCGGCUACUCGGUGAAUUUGAAAUAUAUUUCGAGCCUAUAGAAGGGGUGCACAACCGGUACAUAAUUAGAUCGACAGAAAGGGACCCUAUUCUUCGUGAUCGAUUACUUCCCAUUACUCGUACGCUUACCCUUAGCCCGAGCCGUACUAUCGAACCCCCUUCCCCUCGACUACUCAAAGUUCACCGUGCGAUUGCUCUUAUUCUCAAACUCAGUGACGCAGGGGAGUACAUAGAGAAUAUCCUUCGAGAUAUGGAAGAUGUCAAGGUGGAAGAAGACGGGUCAACAAAUUUAGGACGUCUGUUGAGCCUACGACUUGGUGGUUGGUUGAGGACAUUGGCUGUCUUCUGA